ACCCAUCUCUCUGUUUUUCUCCUCUCUCUAUAUAAAGGCACUUCCUCGGUAGGAUGUUGGAGAGAGUGUGGGUGAAGCUGCUCCCUUUUCCUUGAGCUCUGUUAUUUUUCUCUCACUCGUUGCUGCUUUGGGUCCUCCUGAGUUUUGACGACAAUGGCGGCAAUGCUGAGGCCUGUGCUCACUUUGCUCCUGCUCACGCUCCUCUGCUUCCACAUUGCAGAUGAGGCGUCGGCGACAACCAUAACCUUCCUCAACCGCUGCACGCACCCCGUUUGGCCGGGUGUUCAGCCCAGCGCUGGCAGGCCCUUGCUUGCCCGUGGCGGCUUCACCCUGCUGCCGAACAAGGCCUCCACGAUCCGGCUGCCACCUCUCUGGUCCGGCCGCUUCUGGGGCCGCCAUGGCUGCACCUUUGAUGCCGCCGGCCGUGGUCGAUGUGCCACAGGGGACUGCGGCGGCUCCCUCCACUGCAACGGCCUCGGCGGCACCCCUCCUGCCACCCUCGCUGAGAUCACCCUAGGCAACGACCAGGACUUCUACGAUGUCAGCCUCGUCGAUGGCUACAAUCUCGCCAUCUCCAUCACGCCAUUCAAGGGCUCUGGGAAAUGCAGCUAUGCAGGUUGUGUGAGCGACCUGAACAUGAUGUGCCCGGUGGGACUGCAGGUCCGGGCUCACGACAACAGGGUCGUGGCCUGCAAGAGCGCUUGCUUCGCGUUCAACUCCCCGAGGUACUGCUGCACGGGGAGCUUCGGGAACCCGCAGUCCUGCAAACCGACGGCUUACUCGAGGAUCUUCAAGACGGCUUGCCCCAAGGCGUACUCCUACGCGUACGACGACCCCACCAGCAUCGCGACCUGCACGAGGGGGAACUACAUCGUCACCUUCUGCCCUCACCACCGUUAAGAGACCGGCAUUGGGUUCGCAUCUUAUGUUUCGGACUUUCUGGUUCGAGUGCAUUAGUUAUUACAAGUAUAGUGAUCGUAUUGUCCUUGGUUAAUAUGCUGAUGAUGGUAGUAAGUGGCAAGUGGGAGAGGAGGACUCCAUGGUGGGGGUGGUUGUAUGCCUGUAGCUGAAGAUUGAAGUCAUGUUGCUUUAGUAGGUAAAAGAUUGAUAUGUUUCCUUGGACUUAGCCCUACACUUUUAUUAUAUCACAGAGAUCAUGGUCAGGUCGUGUUCAGGAUGUAGUAAUUGUCUUUGGACCAUAUGGCCAUUCGCUGGAGGGAAGUUGGUCACCUAACUCCAUCUAUUGCUU